AUGAAUCACAUGUACAGUGUGGGCAGCAGCAGCAGCAGCGAGGACGCCUGGCCUCUGAGAUCGUGCGUUAGGUCUCCAUCUCUUAGUCCGUCUGAGGGCCGCCUUCCAGAAGCCCCGGACGCCCACACCGCCCCCAGGGAAGGAAACGCAGAGGAGACCGAGGACUUGUACGCCGGCAGGAGAGUCUCCGUGUCGGAAUUCGACGGGCAGGACUUCGGCUACGAAAGCGUCAGUUCCCCGGGGGCGUCGAGCACAUCAUCUGAACCCGGGUAUAUCAGAAAACCCGGGUUCGAACACCAUGCACACGAGUUCCGAGCAACGCCAUCCACCCCCACUCAGGUGGGUGCAAGUACAUCGGGCGGGACUACUAGCCUAGCUACAAACCUGGCAGGAGGAUUGGCUAUCAGAACCUCCCUGCAUAAGUCCUUGGUGCUGCAGUCUCCCACCGGUUCUAUAGGUUCCAAGGGUAGCAAGAAAAAGAAGAGCAACGCCCAUGAGACCAGAGAGGACAAGAGCGAUGGUACCGGCUCACCCUCGCCCAACCCUUCCAGACCCAGGGUUAAAAAAGAUCCAUUGCCGAUGAAGAUGAGAGCGCUGCCGCAGAGCUUCUGGUUACAACCCAACAAGAAUAACAACUUACCACCCUCUUGUUCCACACUUCCUCCACUCAUCCUCGGCAAGGACUCCAGCGACGUAAUUGACGUUCGACCAGUGACGCCGCCGGACGAGGAAAGUGAUCACAAGGACACGAAAACUGACAGGGAGGAGUUCAAGGCAGAGCGAAUGAUUAAGGUGGGAAACACCGAUCUCCUCUCCAGACUGUUCGACUCCGUGGAACAGAUCGACAAGAAGAAGAUUACAGUAGUCAGAAGAGGAAGACCGCGGAAACCACCAUCAACAGUGUUACCACGAGUGCUGCGUGAUGAGGAUCCUUGCUUGGUAAGCACUGUGACAGAGUCUAUCCUACCUCUCCUACCAGACAAGACACCAGCCUCCUCCGGUUCCUCCACGCCCCUUGGAAUCCGUCAGGGACCCCAGGUGCUGGAGAUGGUGAACCUUCGUGAUGGUGACCGCACCAUUUCCCUUCCCUCACUCAAUGUUGAACACAAUUAUAACCAGAUUCUCUCAGAGCUGGUCCUCAAACUGUAGCCCUCUAGGAUAGAUGACCUUGGCCUCCACUGCUCAAUGCUGAAGUGUUUACUAGUGGGAAUAAUCAGCUACCUAGAAUUUUUUAUAUCAUCAGACAGCAUUAGUGCAUUUGUCAGUUUAACACUGAUGCCACAGAUUAGCAAAAGAACAAUACUAUACAGGUACUGAAAAUUAGGCAUUUUUUACUACAAGCAUCAUCUAUAUUUUCAUUAAUUUUUUAAUUGUUGUAUCAUUCAGUAUUCCUCAAUCAGGGUUUACAUUCCAACCACUGCCAGUUACUUUGCUAUAAUAGCGAGAAACAAGAAUGUUUUGCUCAAUAUAUAUCAAUGGCAGCUUUUAAUUACAUAACAGUGUUGUAAGUUUAUUCACUCAAAAGCAAUAAACACAAUUCCUGUGAUGUUAUAUUAAGGAAUGGUGAAAUUAAUGGAGUGUGGUAUCAGUUAUCAAGUGUGCUGGGUUUCUUCCGAUCAUUAGCUGGAUUUUCAAACUUUCGUAAAAUAAGUUUGAGCAUGUCUGAUAGUUUAAAAAUACCAGGGUAGUUACUUGAGCAUCGUGCAAUACCUUCUAAGUUCCCACAUUUAUUGUAAACACUGAAAAUUUAUGAUAUAUGGAGGCUACAAGUGAUUUUCUGUUAUGGUCACAAGUUAUCAUGUGAUAACCACCAAACUGAGUCAACAUCGAAAAACUGAUCUCCGUCCUACCUUGGACUGUGGCAAAUGUCCUUGUAAGUCAGUAAAUAAAUAUUGUUAGCUGUGGCUCCCCAUCCUUCCUGCGUCACAUUUAUGUGAAAUUAUCCCAUAUCUCAGGGAAGGAUGAAGAGGGCUUACGUGGGAAACUGUAAUUCCACUAAGUUGUGAUACAGGGUGACCAGGAGAUGCUGGAGCCACAAUCGUUACUGCCUUAUAGAUGGCAGUUGGUUGUAGUCAAUAAGGUUAAUUGUCUCUUUAAGGGUGUGAUGUCUAAAGGCAUUCGAAACAAAGCAAAAGUGUGUGCCAUAUUUUUGUAAGAAUUCCGAUGAUUAUUUUAAUUUUGUACUUGCCUUUUUUGGAGUUUGUGUCCCUUGGGAGAGGCUAAAAAAAAAAAAAAAGAGUAUUUAGGGGUGAGUAUUUUCUGAUAGAACGAGGGCAGCUUUGAGACGCAGAAUGACCACUGGUCAAUAUGGCAUUAGGCAAAGAUGCACCAAAACUUGAAGAGUUCCUAGCUGUUUUCAAAUAGCUUGUUUUUAAAGCUUUAAUUAACUUUUGUGUAGGUUUAGAACAGAGUAGAGAAUAUCUAUACAUGAACUCUUCUUUUUUGAAAGCUUGCUAAUAAUAUAUUUGGAACAACAAACUUCACUUACAAAGAGAAAUUUUUAUGGUAUUCUAAUUUAUAUAUCUGAAUUAUGGGCAGGAUAUAAACACUGAGAGGUGCUCUCUGGGAUACAUUAGCAGUAAUUCUGAAUUCUGCUUAUUAAUAUAUACAAUAAAAAUUAAUAAGGCUGCAUUUUAUAGUGCUUAAGAUAGUUCACAGGCCUUCAGUUUUAACACACUCUAAUGCAAAGCAAAACAGUCUGUGGUACUUCUGUGCAAACUAUACUUGGAAAUCCUAAUGUGGAAUGAGUCGGUUUUAAUUUGAUAACAUAUUCAGACUGUAUAGAAAUCUCUACUCUGUUGUUGUGCAAUACCAAGUGACUUCACAAUACCAAACAGUGUCAGAAGCAAUGCUGAAACUCUUACAGAAAAAUGUACAAGGAAGAUAUUCUAAAUAUAGGUUAACAAGUUUAUUUGUAAAGUCUAGGGUAAGAAAUUACUGAAAUGGAAACUAGUCCCUCCAGAAUUAUAAUAAGUAUAAAUUAUACAUUAGAGUUAAUUUUCUUGAGUCUAGCCUUGCUUCUAACUGGCUGUGACAUAUGGACUGUGAUAUUAGUCCCGCACUCUUUGUGAUAACACUCACCAUCUGCAAGAUGUGUCGGCCCUUGUAGGUACUUGCUUGCCCUGCUACUGUAUGGUCAGGAUAACAAAACUGUGUUUUGGUCAUAUUACAGUUUUGUGAAGAAAGUAACAUCAUCCAUGCCAAAUUCACACACACACACACACAUACUUUUUUAGUUUACAAAUAUCAUUUUAUUGUAGCCUCAUAAGAACAUAAGAGGCUACUCUUAUUGCUUCCAGGCGUUGUAAGAACCACAUCAUUUUAUUGUUGGAGUCUUGUAACUAAAAUUUUUUGCAAAGGUACUUUGCUAUGAGUUAUUGUAACUUCUGGUGAAGCAUUAUUAUGCAUACUUCUGUUUGAUCUUAUCUUACAGAUAUUUACUAAUAACAUGUAUGAACAAAGUAUGUAGUAACAUAUCAACUUAACUUUGGCUUGAAAUACCACAAUAAAGCAGCAGUUGUAAAUUAAACCUUACCAAAGAAAGUUACCAUAGCCAUGAUAUAACAUAUUAUAUACUUUGAUACCAUGGUUAUAACAUAAAUAAGGCUUAAAUUGUUUUAGUUGCUGCAUUGAUUUAAGUUUCUCAUUCCUAUGUCUUCAACAGACUUUCACUGGCACAGAGAACAAUGCAGAAAACCAAUUUAAAUAAAGUGUAAUCAUCUCAGCUCACAGUAGACUGUGCUUAUAGUCUUCCUGAUGCUAUAUCUGCAGUAUACUGUAUAGGUAAGUACACUGAGAGAUUUAAAUCUUUCAGUGUACAUUUUAUACAAAGAGUGGUGGCACAUAGGUGAUACAGUUUUAAUAACCCUCAUGCAGUCGAUUGGCUUUAAAACAAACUGAUCAUUAGCAUAUCAAAAUUGUAUUUUUUUAUAGCUAUUGAAUCUAGUUGAAUUUAAGGUAGUUGUUGAAAGGAGUAGUGGGGCUCUUUUUCUUUUAACUUCCUUGUUAUGUGUAUGAACAUAAGUGAAUAUGGAGGUGGAUGUUUCUUGUAUGAGUACUCAUGUACCUGAUGAGUAGUCAUGUGUACCUGAUGAGCAAUCAUGUGUACCUGAUGAGCAGUCGUGUAACUGUAUGAUUAGCCACGUGUACCUGAUGAGCAGUCAUGUGUACCUGUAUGAUUAGCCUUGUGUAUCUGAUGAGCAGUCAUGUGUACCUGACGAGCAGUCAUGUGUACCCAUAUGAUUAGCCUUGUGUAUCUGAUGAGUAGUCAUGUGUACCUGUAUUAAUACCCAUGAAUACCUGUGUACCUGUAUGAGCAGCCGUGUACACAAAAUUAUCCAUUGUAUAAAUGCAGUAUGUAAAUGCUUAUAUGUGAAUGUGGUUAUUUAAGCGUAUAUCUAGUAUAACCUCUGUGUAUAUACAAAUGCAUUCACACAUGACUCCCAGCAAACACCCACACACAAGGACACUAAUGCACAAAGAUAUGCAAACUGGAAAGCACAUGUAAACACUUAAGUGGUCACACAGAGGUAUACUAAGUAAAAAUUUGCUUACAAAUCCAUGCAUACAAGCAUUCCCAUCAACACUGUCAUUUACAGGAUAUAUGUGCUUACACAGGUACACAGAAACAAUGAGGAUGUUAAAAAGAAAAGCUACACUGAUGUCUCCUGUACUCCCUCCUCCUUUCAUCCUCCUAUAACUACAGUAACCAAUCCUAGCUUUUGUUUCAAUAAAUUCAAUCAUAUACAGAGUUAAGAUAUUGUAUAAGUUAUAAAUUAAUCAUGAGAAAUUAAAGGAGGCAGUGAACAAAAGUAAUAUACAGUAUCUUACUUUAGGGAAACUAGUCACUGUCACCUACUUAGACCUUUCAUAGCAGUGGGAAAAUUACUUACCAUAGGCUAGAAUGAUGAACAACUUGAGUAAAUCCACUCUGAGGAUGAAGUUUGGGACAAUGGCUCAGCACCUUAAGAUAUACCACAGACAUUCUUAUGAAAACACCAGAUCUGUUUAAGCCCAUACUAGAGGGCUAAUGAUGGGUUUCAAAGCUCGUGUAGGAUUAAAAAAAGCUUUAUGGGACUCUUAGGUAGGUAGGAUAUACUGUAUGCUAAGAGUUAUAUUUCUCAGUGUGUAUGUUAAACUGUUAGGGAUAAAAGUACACUAAAAGGUUAGAAACUUAACAGUUGAUAGGGCUUAAAACUUACUCUAGGAAGGACUGGAUUAUAAUGCAUCACUCUUAAUGUAAGUGAGGGCUGUUUUCACACUGAUGUUGGCUAAUAGUGUGUUUGGAAACCUCUUGAAGGCAUUUGAAUUCAUGACAAAACAAUAUAAAAUAAAUUAUGAAGUUAACUGAACACCUCUUCAAAGUCAAGAUUUACAAAUCCUAAGAUCAACAGACAGUAUGUAUAUUAGUAAAUUUAAUAUUAGUAAUUUAAGAUUUACAAAUUAAAGGAGAAUGCUUCAUAUACUAUUUCCUUGAAAUUUAAAACCAUAUCAAUUAAUAGGAAAUAUAGGUGAAUGCAACUUUAAUUAAGUAAGGUGUUACUGUGUGGUUGACUGACACAACGUGGCAUUAAAAAUUAAAAAUAUUACUAUUUUUUAACAUUUAAAUUCUAAAACAAGAUUGUGAUAUGACCAAAACCAGUGUGUGACUCAUCAGAAAACCAGACAGAAUCUAUAUGAAGUUUUAGUUGCUGUAGGCUUACAUGUACCAACAAUGGGACCAUAUAUUAUUGAAAUGAUACUUAAUGGGGUGUGGCAUGCAAGUUUAUUGGAAAUAUUUCACUUGACAAAAUACCUGACAUGGCAAAGAGCUAUGUAUUUGCUUCACAAAAAAAGUCAAAAUACUAAAAUGUCCAGUAAGAUUCUGGUACAGCCACACCUCACUCUGGUACAAACACAGGAAGUUGUGCCUUGUGGCUUAGGAAAUACUGGGAAGCCUAUAAGGACAUUAUAGCACAUGCUAUGACCCAUCAUCAUUGUUUAACCUGUAAUAAACUCAGCUGACCUUUACAUUAAAUUGGCCGAGUGAAUUUUGUGUUCAUGGAGGGCAGUGUGACUACCCCAGCUACUCUGAUUACUAAUAAUAUAAUAUAUUGUAGUAAACAAUGAUGAUGGUUCACCUAAAGAUUCACUCUUCCCAAGGAUAACGGUUAACUAUAGUUAUACAGUUUUUGAAUAUGCUAAUUUUUAAUUUUGCACCAAAACCUUACCACACUAAAAUUUAUAUAUAAUACAGCUUCAUUUAGCUGUAUAAUUUAGUUAACUGCUUUCCUUGGGAAAGGGAAUAAAUAACCAAUCUUGAAGUGGGGCCUUUAUGACUCCUGGAUACUUGCCUGUUCUAUGAUGACCUUGCACGUCAGUGACACUGGCUUUCCCUCUCACCGUCCAGUAAGACCAUAGAACUAUUCCUAUGUUAACAAAGUCACUAAGUAUCAUCCCACUAGUUAUGUUGAACCUCAUAUAAAACAAAUUUGAAUAUAAUCUUUGUAUUUUCCAAGGAAAAUACACAAGAUAGUAAGUAUAUUUUAUAAGUGUUACAAGCCCAAGAAAUAGAUACCUAAAUGACCUUGAUAAUACACAUCAAUAAACAAUACUAUGAAUAGAUAAUGUGUGCACGUGUGUGCAAACAUACAUAUAACCCAUCAUUUAAAACUGUACACGGAAUAGAGAACAACUUGAUAAACUGAAUUAAUACAAGAAUUAAAGAUCUUAUUAAAACUGAUAAAAGAUUUACUUAUAGGUAGUAGGUUGGUAGACAGCAACCACCCAGGGAGGUACUACCGUCCUGCCAAGUGAGUGUAAAACGAAAGCCUGUAAUUGUUUUACAUGAUGGUAGGAUUGCUAGUGUCCUUUUUUCUGUCUCAUAAACAUGCAAGAUUUCAGGUAUGUCUUGCUGCUUCUACUUACACUUAGGUCACACUACACAUACAUGUACAAGCAUAUAUAUACACACCCCUCUGGGUUUUCUUCUGUUUUCUUUCUAGUUCUUGUUCUUGUUUAUUUCCUCUUAUCUCCAUGGGGAAGUGGAACAGAAUUCUUCCUCCGUAAGCGACUAAAAUGUCAGGAGCAAGGGGCUAGUAACCUCUUCUCCUGUGUAAAUUACUAAAUUUAGAAAGAGAAACUUUCGUUUUUCUUUUUGGGCCACCCUACCUUGGUGGGAUAUGGCCGGUUUGUUGGAAAAAAAAAAGAAAAGAAAAAAAAAAGUGUAAAUUGGGGGAAAGUGCUAAACCAGUAGUGUCAUAUGGUGACGUGGGGGAGGGAGGGGAAUGGGAGGCAUUCAGGUUCAGUCUAAAAAAAGGAAGGCUAGGGCCAAUUCUUUGGAUCAAGAAUCCCUGUGGCAUAAUAUAUUUCUUUUGAGGGGGGAAAAGAAAAGGUAAAAAUCAAAUUAAUAAGAGGACUUUAAUUAAAAAAUAUACUGUAUAUCAUACUAGUUUCUAAAACAGUGAUCUGCAGCUCCUCUGUGAGCAGUGUUGAACCUUAAAAUAACCAGACUUUCUAAACAGUGGUCUACAGCUUUCUUGUGAAGUGCUAUACCUUAAAAUAACAUGAUGAUCAGAGUUUCUAAAGCAGUGAUCUGUGGCCUCCUGUGAGCAAUGCUAAACCUUAAAACUUGUGUUUCAGCAGGUAGUGGCUGAGAAACACUGUACUCACCUAGUUGAGGUUGCAGGGGUUGAGGCCAACUAAAUAUCCUAAUACUAUGUUAAUGAGUUUUAUAUUUACAUACUAAUUAAGUACUGCAGUAAGAGAAGAUAACUAUUUAUAUUGAGUCUGAUGUUUGCCACAAGGAGACAUUUUGGUCAACUCUGCUCGGUAACAAACUUCAUUCUAUUAAACCGAGCAUAGGUUACUGGCCGUCUUCUUGUCAUCAGUGCCGAGGUUGGGAGACCACUCUCUCCCGCCUUCGCAUUGGCCACACUCAUCUUACUCAUGGGUAUCUCAUGGAGAGGCACCCUGUUCCUCUCUGUGAGCAGUGUCAAGUUCCAGUAUCGAUUAGCCACAUUCUGUUAGACUGCCCUCUCUAUCAACGAGCACGCAGAAUUUACCUCCAACGUCGUCUUCGUUCUACUACUCUCUCUUUACCUUCCCUUCUUGCUGAUGGACCCUCCUUUAAUCCUGACUCUCUCAUUGACUUCUUGACAACGACUGAUUUACUCCACAAACUCUGAUGAUACUUUUCGCACUCCCCUCAGCCCUUUCUAGUUCAGUCUCUUGCUGCCCUUUACCCUUUCACCAUCCACUGCCCCGCUGUUAUCCGUAACCUAUUACUCAUCCAUCUCCCUUUUGUCACCUGAUGCCCUCGUUUCCUUCCUGCCCUGCAGCGCUGUCUAGCCCUUGUGGCUUAGCGCUUCUUUUUGAUUAUAAUAAUAAUGAAGGAAUACUGAAAAAUAUUCUCAAAAGGAGUGGUAGGCAGAUGAAAUAAGAUAAUAGUAUAUGCCAAAACCAUUGAAAUUUAAAAAAUUUACACUUAAUUUAUAACAGAAGACAGCUUCCACAAGCAUAAGGUCAGUUCCUUUAACUACAAAUAUGCAGAAAUUUUGUUAUAACACUGGCUGUUUCCCACAGGCAGGGUGACCCAAAAAAGAAGAAACACUUUCAUCAUCAUUCACACUGUCACUGUCUUGUCAGAGGCGCACUGAUGCUACAGUUUAGAUGCCUUUUCAAACUAUAUAUAUCUCCACCCAUUCUUAGAGAUGCUGUACUUCUCACCUCUAGGAUUCAGUCUGGCUUAUCAGUUUCCCUGAAUCUCUUCACAAAUCUUACCUUGCUCACACUCCAGCAGCUCAUCAAGUCCCAAAAACCAUCUACCUCCACAACUAUCUAACAUGCUCACACACACCCUGCUGGAUGUUAAAGCCCUUCGCACACAAAACAUACUUUACCUGCUCCCUCCAACCUUUCCUAGGGUGCUCUCUACCCCACCUUCCCUCUGCUACCAAUUUGAAAACUCUCCAAGUCAUCCUAUUUUGUGCCAUCCUCUCAGAAUAACCAAACCAUCUCAACAAACCCUCCUCAGACCUCUGGAUAAUACUCUUAGUAAUCCCACACCUUCUAAUCUCCAAGCUACAAAUUCUCUGUAUAAGAUUUACACCACACCCUUGGACACCCUUGGACAUGAUAUCUCCUUUGCCUCUAGUGUCCUCCUUGCUGCAACAGUCACAGUAAAUAAUUAAACUCACCGAUACAUAAUUACAUAUAAAAAAUUACACAUUUCAUAUGCAUUUUACUAUAUGAAAUGUUUUUAAAAGUUCUUUAGGGCCUAUUUCUUGGGUUUGUUGCACUACCUGUUUUCUACGUAAUAUAGAUUGGCUGACUGCUAACUACCUUGUAUCCUGUUCUAGCUCUUUAAUAUGACCCUUUAAUAAAUUCUGAAUCUAAAACAUUGUAAUAAUACAUACUGAUAAGAAAAUCUAAGCUGUAGUCAGCCUUGCUUAAAUGAAUUAUUGGUAAGAAAAAUUAUUGUUGUCAGCAGUCAGACAUAUCUCAUCACAAAACCACCAUUGUAACUACAGCAGACUCUGUUAAUUAAAUUUUAGUACCGAUUUCAUGACAGUAAAUAUUUUUAUUCAUAAACUUGAAUUGAAAAUAUAUUACGUUCACUUUUCUAGUACCUAAGUUUAACUUUUGAGUCCAGAACCAUUAGAUUAUGUCUGUAGUUGUAUCAAAUAAAGAUAGGAAUGUCUAAUACACAACUCAUUGUUACCAUGGUGGUACAAGUAUUAUGAUCAUUUUGGUGAUGUGGCAGUUACAACUUGGCUACAGCCACUAAACCCAAGGUUGUCCAAGCUAUACUUACACUGUGUAAAGCACUGUAGUCAUACCUGGUAGUGUUUGUGACUGUAUGGGUAAUCUGAGAGUUGUGCGGACUGCCAGGAACUUCACGUCUUGAGUUUUACAAAAAAGAAUUCAUAAAUAUUUUUGAUUAUUAAAUAUUAUUUAAGAAUCUCUUAACAUUUGAUUUUUUAAAUUGUUAAGGACUUUACUUUCUUAAAACAAAAAUACAUUAAUAAAAUAAAAAUAUACUGCAAUAGAGUAUGGGUAUGACAUUUUAAAUCAUAUUGAUUAUAUUACAACUUAUUCUUCGAUGUCACACUGAGGCCUUGUUCAGCAAACUAAAAAGUAUACAAGAGAUCAAGUUUAUACAAAGACAGGUCACAUAAUACAAGUCAAAGGCAGGAAACAAAUGACUUCAAGGCAAUGGUAGUUACAGUACCAUGUUUUCAAUGGCCUUGUGAAAUGUUGAAGUGACAUCGAGAUCCAGUCACUGGCAACUCAGUAUUUUGUGAUUUACAUACAGUUUGUUCUAUACAUAAUUGAAGAAGCUUCCCAGUUAAUAUUAAGGUUAGUUCUUAACAGCUUGGAAAAGUGUCUUGUGCAUAUCUUACGUUCUGUUACUCUCACGAAUAAAUUUAUAACAGUUUGUCUUAGGUUUGAUUGUUUAGUCUUUGCAAGGGAUUUCAUAUACACUGGGCACAUCAAGGGUAAAAUAUGCACAAUACAGUUCAGCAUGUUAUGAAUUGUAACCAUUGUAUUAAGUGCAAAAUCCUCAAGCCUGUUAAGAUUGCAUUACCACCCAGUUUCAUCAUCUUACAAGACCAGUGAAAACCUGAUGCUCUACCUACUCUUGCUGUAUAGUCCUUGUGGCUUAGCGCUUCUUUUUGAUUAUAAUAAUAAUAAUCUACCUACUCUUGCCCAUAAAUCACUUGUUUGUGCCCCUGACUUAGGUCAUGUGGUCUGCCUUUGUUUGUAGCCUUCAUCUCUUGUAGACUUUUUAGUCUGUUAAAAAAGAACCUCAGAAUAAGGCCAAAAUAUGUAGCAUUAAUCUUAUUUUCUGUUUUAAUGGCUUGGUGUGUAUUUCUUUGUUACUGAGUUUUUACUUACACACACACACACACACACUGCAAUCACAAUUAGGUGAAUACACACAUACAUAUGUGCACAAACACAUGCACACACACAUACAUGUACCACAUGUACACACACACACAUGCACCACAUGUACACACACACACAUGCAUGCACGCACGCACACACACACACACACACACACACACACACACACACACACACACACACACACACACACACACACACACACACACACACACACACACACUUUUAACACACACAUACACGUGCCAUGCGUGCACACACAUGCACCGUAUAUAUAUUUAUUUAAUUCCAGAUAUAGGCAAUGGUGAUAAAGAAUUUGUAAUAUUUCCACCAGGUUCAUGAUGUGUCCCUAAGUCCGCAUGCUCUUACAAACUCUGUGUGUGGUUGUAGCUGGCACAUUACUAUUCACCUUAAGUACUAAUGCUGUAAUGGCUAAUCUUCUCUGCAUAUUUCUCAGUGCAAAUAUGCCAGAAGUGAAUAAUUGGGAAUUUAUAAUAUUUUAUGAUUAAGUUUUAAUUUUUGAGUUCUUGUUCAAUAUUGUACUGUAUAUACUGUAAAUACAAAUAAAUACUAUCUUUAAGUGAUAAGGCAUAAAAUCUAUGAUAUUAUCAGAGCUUCUAAGUGUUAAAAUACUAACAUCCUUGGCUUGUUUUCAAGACAAGUGAUCAAAUUAUGCUUGAACUUCAAACCUUCCUGAGGAGGAAAAUGUAUCAAGUUUUAUUCAUAAAUAUAUCCCUAUAUGGUAGGAUACGGCCGGUUUGCUGAAAAAAAAAAAAAAAAAUCCCUAUAUAACCUUAGAAGCCUUGUGUAUGUUUUUAUAAUAUUGUCAUCAAUUAAAAAA